UCUUCACAACGAGAACACUUCACUUUAGAUCACUGUAGCGGGCUUUAUGACACUCUCUCAAUCUGCCACUACAUGAAAUCACAUGGAGGUGCUCUUGUGCUCACAUGACAGUCUGAACCAUGGCAGGAGAGAUCAAUGAAGGCUCAGUUCCUGCAUAUUACAGAGAAGUAUAUGAGGCCAUCGGCUGUAGGACAGAUGAGAGAGUGCAGGUUGAAGUUUUUCAGAGGUUACUCCAAAGGACCGAUCUCUCCAAGGCGGUACUAGGCCAGAUUGCUGAGCAUGUUGAGUCCACAGAUGGAUUCCUGAGCAAGUUGUCCCUCUAUAAAGCGCUCGCUUUGAUUGCUCUUGCUCAGCAAGGAAAGCAACCAAGCCCCAAACUCUUGGAGAACUGCAUACAAGAGUUACCCAAACCUCAGCUCGGGGAGCCGAGAGACUUAAACGCAUUGAGGAUGCAGCCGGCUCAGGAUGAUGUGCUGACGAUGUCCCAGACGCUGGACAAACUGCUGGCUAGAGACACAGUCCAGGUGGAGCUCAUACCAGAGAAGAAGGGCCUGUUCCUCAAACAUGUGGAGUACCAAGUCACCAGCCAGCGUUAUAAAAUAUCAGUUUAUCGACGCUAUAGUGACUUUGAUGUCUUCCACGAGGUUUUGCUUCAGAGAUAUGCCUACAGAGUUGUGCCAGCGUUGCCACCCAAGAGGAUGUUAAAGGGAGUCCUGACCUCCAUCUCUGAGCGGGAGUUCAUUGAGGGGAGGAGGCGUGCUCUCUGCAGAUUCAUUAACUUGGUGGCACGGCACCCCUUCUUUUCAGAGGAUGAGCUGGUCAAGACUUUCCUCACCUUCAGUGGCUCUGAUGUUCAGACCAAGCUGCGUGACGCUUACAAGAAAACCGGCGAUGAGUUCAUGACCAACAGAGUCGCAACCCUGGCAAAGGAAUAUCUCCCCGCUGACAUUCAAGCUCAGUUCUCCACGAGCAGAGAUCUGAUCAGAAAUAUUCACAACAGCUUCCACAAGCUGCGGGACAGAGCUGAGAAAAUAGCAGAGCGCUCUAAGGAGAAUGCAACUGAUCUCCUCAUGUUUGGCAGAGAGCUCAGUACGCUGGGCUCAGAUACUUCAACUCUUCCUUCCUUGGCCUCUACACAAAGCACCUGGGGGGCUCUACGCCAGUCUCUAAAGAGUCUGUCUGUGGAGUUUUCUGUGCUAUCUGACAAAGCUGCUCAGCAGGGUAGAAGGGAAGAGGAUGAUGUUGUGGAAAAACUGAAUCUUUUCCUGGAUUUGCUACAAUCAUACAGAGAUCUUUGUGAGCGCCAUGAGAAGGGCGUGCUCCACGAGCAUCAGAGAGCUCUGCACAAGUACGGCAUGAUGAAGAGGCAGAUGAUGAGCGCUACUGUGCAGCCCAAAGAGCAGGCAUCUGUGGAGCAGCUUGAAUCACGAAUUGUUCAGCAAGAAAAUGCCAUUCAGACCAUGGAGCUACGGAACUACUUCUCUCUCUUCUGCCUUCAUCAAGAGACGCAGCUUAUCUUCACCUACCUUCCAAUCACAUCCCACAUUCUGGGAGCCUUUGUUAACUCCCAGGUCCAAGGACACAGAGAGAUGGGAAAGGUGUGGAAUGAACUCCAGCCAAAGCUUGGAUGUCUCUUUGGUGGGAAUAACGGAUUGAACCCCUCCACCUAAGAACUGAAUACACACGAAGCACUGCCGCUGAUGAGGAUCACAAACUGGA